AUGGCGGAACAACUGAAAAAGGAGGAGGUAGAUGGAAGGAAGAGAUUAGAGGAGAUAGAGGAGCUGAAAACGAGAAUCAUCUCACUGGAGGAAGAAAGAGACACUCUGGAGGCAGAACUGAAGAAAAAUGAACUAUUGGAGAACAAAAUGUUUGCCGCGGAGAGAGAGAACUCACAGCUCAGAGAGAGGGAGAGAGAAAGAUACCAGGAGGAGAGUCUGAGAAAGAGGAGGAAGGAGUCGGAGGGAAGGGAGCGAGAGGAGAGACAGAGAGGAAAGCUGGAGCUGAGAGAAGGAGAGGUUGAGGUCUUGAGAGUGAAGUUGAUUGUCUUAGAAGAAGAGAGGGAUGAGGGGAAGAGAGAGCAGCAGACACUAGAGGGGAGGAUGGAGAGACAGAUGGCUCAGCUGAGGGAAAGAGAAGAGGAGGUAGAGAAACUGAGGGAGGAGGAAGAGGAGACAGGGGCUAGGCUACAGCAGAGAGAGGAAGAGUUGAGGAGUCUGAAAGACAGAACGCACCAGUCAGAGCUCUCAGAGAAACAUGUCUCAGACCUUCUGAUAGAGACGGAGUCUUUACUAGAGACCGAGAGGAGUCAGAGCAGAGACCGGAAUAAAGCUCUACAGCUGGCCAAGGACGAGAGGGAGAGAGAAUGGGCACAGGAAACAGAGCAGCACAAAGAGAGACUAGAAGAGGAGGUGAAGAAAUGGACAGCAAGAGUGGAGGAACGGAUAAAAGAAGUAGCAGGGUUCUCACAGCUCCUGAAGGAGAGAGAGGAGGAGGUGGAGGACUUUAGGGUGAGAGCGGUAGAGAGCGCUGGAGAAAGACAGAGACAGAAGGAGGAACUGAAAGGGAGUGAGGAGGAGAGGGAGAGACAGGAGGACGUGUUGAGGAGGAACAAGGAGGAGAGGGAAUGGUUGGGUGCCCAGCUGAGAGAGGAACAGGCGGAGGGAGAGAAACUGAGGUCCAGACUAGAGGAGGUGCAGAGAGGACAACGCCUCCUGCAGGAGGAUAGAGGAUGUCGUGUGGAGAGGCUGGGGGCUCAGGUUAAAGCCCUGGAGGAGGAGAGAGACCACCUCCUAGCUGAGAUCAGGAAGAAGGAGAGAGAGGCUGGGAUCCUGAAGGAUGAGACUCACAAAGAGAGGAGAGAGAAGGAGAGGACUGGCUCCUCACUGAGAAGGAUGGAGGAGGAGUUGAAGGAGAGCAGGGAGGCGCUGGCCCUCGGUCUGGUCACCCUGAAGGAGCAGGGAGCAGAGAUGACCAGGAGCAGGGAGAGAAGCAGGAAGGAGGUGCAGCAGAAGGAGGGGGACAACCAGAAGAUGAGAGAUGGGCUGAAGAAAGCCAUGCAGGAGAUGGCUACCCUGAACCAGCUGCUGGAGGAGAGCCACAGGGAGGGGGAGAGGCUAAGGAGCCUCCUGCAGGAGAGGAAAGAGGAGAUGGUGAAGAGCAGGGAGGAGAGCCUGCGUGCUGCCCGGAGGGAGGUGGAGGAGCUGCGAGGGAGGACCAGGGCUGUGGAGCAUGAGAAAAGGGAGGUGGAGAGGAAGCUCGGAAACAGAGAGGAGGAGAUGGAGGAGGCAGUGAGAGAGAAGGGAGAGGAGANGGAGAUGGAGGAGGCAGUGAGAGAGAAGGAGAGGAGACAGAAGGAGAUGGAGGAGGUGUUGGGAGAGAAGGAGAGGAGACAGAAGGAGAUGGAGGCUGAGAUGACCACCACCAGGGCCAGACUGGAUGUCCUGGAGAAACAGAGGACAGAGCUCAGAUGUCUGGCUACUGAGAAGAGUCAGGCAGUUACACAGCUCAGAGAGAGGAUCAGAGAGGUGGAGGGAGAGAUGGAGGGAGUGAGAGAAGAGAAGAAGAGAGAGAUCGAGAGGCUUCAGCGGAAGAUGGAGACGUUGAGACAGGAAGAGGAGGAGAGGAGGGAGAGUCUGAAACUAAGGGAGCAGGAGAGCCUGAGGCGUGUAGAGUUAGUCACGGACAUGCUGAGAGAGAAGGAGAUAGAGCUGGAGAGGGUGAGAGAGAAAGCUUACAGAGAGGAGAAAGAUAAACUGGAGGAGAGGAAGAGAGACAGUGAGGCAGUGAAACUGGAGAGUCUGGAGAAAGAGGAGACAGAUGAGCAGAGGAGACUGAGAGAGCCUGGGGAACAAAGGAAGGCCACAGACCAGAAGAGAGGAGAAGGAAGUCAGGAGGGUCCAGGAAGAGAGGUCUGGCUUCAGGACGAGGUAGAUACUCUGAGGAAGAGAGUGUCCUCCCAGCUCCUGGACAGAGAGGAAAGGGAGAGACUGUUGAGACAGAGAGAAGAGGAGAGGCAGAAGAGUCUUAGACUGUUGAAACAGAGAGAGACAGAGCUUUACACCCUGAGAGAGAGAGUAGAGGAACUCAGUAAGGACAGAGACCGUGUCACAGCUGCCCUGGAGAAGACUGAGGCUACCAUGAUUGGCUACCGGGACAGAGCCCACCAACAGGAGCAGAGCAGAGGGGCGGGAUCUGAGAGGGCCGUGGCCCAGCUAGAGAUGGACCCUGUGGUCCAGGAGCGUCUGUCUGUCCUGCAGAGGGCCGUGGCCCAGCUAGAGAUAGACCAUAGACGGCUACAGAGGAGGAACACACAACUGGAAGAACGCACUGACAGACUGAAGACCGAGAGGAAACGCCUCAGAGAGAUGCUGGCACAGACGGAGAGAGGAUCAUCACGUGAUGAGUUGUCCUCCAGCAGCCCCAGAGACCGAGCUCAGGCUCACUCGGGGGGAAACUGCACGGAGGCUCACUCGGGCGAGACACCUGCACAGAGGCUCACUCGGGGGAAACCUGCACGGAGCUCACUCGGGGAACUGCACGAGGGCUCACUCUGGAAACCUGCCACGGAGGCUCACUCUGGGAGACUGACGAGUACUCUGGACCUGCACGGAGGUCACUCUGGGAGAAACCUGCAACGGGGCUCCUCUGGGAGAAACCUGCACGAGGCGUCAUCGCGGAGAAAACCUGCACCUGGAGGCUCACUCUGGGAGAGACCUGCACGGAGGCUCACUCUGGGAGAAACCUGCAGGCCGGAAAAAUGGCAGGAGUCACUCUGGGGAGAAACCUGCACGGAGGCUCACUUGGAACCGCAGGACGGCCUCGGGAACACUUGCACGGAGGCUCACUCUGGGAGUAUAACCUGCACGGAGGCUCACUCUGGGAGAAACUGCACGGAAGGCUCACUCGGUAGAAACCUGCACAGAGGCUCACUCGGGGGGAAACUGCCGGAGGCUCACUCGGCGGGGAAACUGCCACGUCGAGGCUCACUCGGGGGAAAACCUGCAUCGGAGGCUCACUCGGGGAGAAACGCUGCAGGAGGCUCAUCUCGGAGGAGAAACCUGCACUGGAGGUCAUCUGGAGAAACCUUGCACGGAGGCUCACUGUCGGCGAGAAACACUGCACGUGAGGCUCUACUCUGGGAGAAACCUGCACGGAGCUCACUCCGGGGGAAACCUGCACGAGGCUCACCUCGGUGGGGAACCUGCACGGAGGCUCACUCGGGGAAACCCACCCCCCCCUCCCCCCCCUGA